AAACAGUUUCAGACGCUGUAAAGCGUGUCAGAUGUCUGCGAGGGCGCACUAGCGCAGGGGCUCCACACCAGGCAACGGGAGGGCACUACUAUGAACCAGAUCAUCUUUGCGAGUGCUAAGAACACAGUUGUACAGAGGCAACAUGUUAGAUACGUUCAGAAGACGGUCCGCGGCAAGGUGAUAGCGAUCCGGCGAGAGGACCAGUCAGUAUGGGAACGACGCGCUCCGCUGGCGCCCACCAACGUGCGACGCCUAGUUCGCGCAGGCGUCAAAGUCAUCGUGCAGCCAUCAAAUCGGCGCGCCUACCCUAUGCAGGCAUAUGCAUCAGCGGGCGCUGUUAUUCAAGAAGAUAUUUCGGAGGCAUCCGUGAUAUUCGGAGUUAAGCAGGUUCCGAUUGAUCAGCUGCUGCCCAACAAGACGUACUGCCUGUUUUCUCACACAAUCAAGGCACAGGAGUCAAACAUGCCUCUGCUCGACGCCAUAUUGGAAAAGAACAUCCGCCUGAUUGAUUACGAGCGACUGAUGGACGAGUCGGGGCAACGAGUGGUGGCGUUCGGCAAAUACGCGGGAGUGGCGGGAAUGGUCAACAUCCUGCACGGGCUGGGCCUAAGGCUGCUCGCGCUCGGACACCACACGCCCUUCAUGCAUGUGGGCCCAGCGCACAACUACCGCAAUUCUUCGAUGGCGCGCCAGGCGAUCCGCGACGCGGGCUACGAGAUCGCGCUGGGGCUGAUGCCGCAGUCGAUCGGGCCGCUGACGUUCGUGUUCACGGGCAGCGGCAACGUGUCGCAGGGCGGGCAGGAGGUGUUCCAGGAGCUGCCGCACGAGUACGUGCCCCCGGAGAUGCUGCCCAAGGUCGCGCGACACGGAGCUACGACCAAGGUGUACGGCUGCGAGAUCAGGAGGCGGCACCACCUGGAGAGGAAGGACGGCGGUGGCUACGAUUCGGAAGAGUACGACAAGCACCCACAGAAGUUCAUCUCCACCUUCAGCAAAAAAAUAGCGCCGUACGCGUCGGUGAUCAUCAACGGCAUCUACUGGGCGGUGGGGUCUCCGAAGCUGCUGACGAUCCCGGAUGCCAAGUUCCUGCUGCGGCCCGCCGACACACCGUGGAUCCAGAGCUCCGUGGGCUCCCCCGCGCUGCCGCACCGAAUGCUAGCCAUCUGCGACAUCAGCGCAGACCCCGGCGGUUCCAUAGAGUUCAUGAACGAGUGCACUACUAUCGACACACCCUUCUGCCUCUAUGAUGCAGAUCGUAACAAGGACACCAAAAGCUUCAAAGGGCCAGGAGUGCUGGUCUGCUCCAUCGACAAUAUGCCAACGCAGCUACCUCGCGAGUCCACAGAUUUCUUUGGGGACCUGCUGUAUCCUUUUACGUACGACAUUUUGCAGUCGAACGCCCGAGCGCCUCUCGAAGAGCACAACUUCUCGCCCGCUGUCUAUGGGGCCAUCAUCGCAAGCAACGGGAAGCUUACGAAAAAUUUCGAAUACAUCAUCGACUUACGCGAGAAGAACAGCCGUAGCAGGCAGAAGGCUAGUGCGGAUUCGUCGACCCCUCCCAAGAAGAUCGUCGUGCUGGGAGCUGGCUUCGUCAGCGCGCCAGUCGUCGAGUAUCUAGACAGGGAGGAGAACGUCGAAAUCGUCCUUGCGUCGGCGCUGAAGGACGAGGCGGACGCGGUGGCGUCGCGCUACGCGUCGGUGCGGCCGGCGCUGGUGGACGUGCUGGACCGGCCCGAGACGCUGCGCGAGCUGGUGGCGUCCGCCGACUGCGUCGUCUCGCUGCUGCCCUACCGCCUGCACCACGUCGUCGCCGAGGCGUGCAUCCACUGCCGCGUCAACAUGAUCACCGCCUCGUACUGCACGCCCGAGAUGGCCAGCCUUCACCAGCAAGCCGUCGAUGCUGGAAUAACAAUCGUUAACGAAGUUGGUCUAGAUCCUGGAAUAGACCAUCUUCUUGCCAUGGAGUGCUUCGAAGAAAUUCACCAAGCUGGAGGCAAAGUGGAAUCGUUCAUUUCAUACUGCGGAGGCUUGCCGGCUCCCGAGUGCUCCGACAACCCACUGAGGUACAAGUUUAGCUGGAGCCCUCUCUCUGUCCUAAGGAACGUUAUGGGCACAGCGCGGUAUACUAUGAAUGGCAAGGUGGUGGACAUCCCGGAGGGCGGCGCGCUGCUGUCCGAGGUGCGCGACCUGGACUUCCUGCCCGGCUUUGCGCUGGAAGGUUUCCCGAACCGCGACUCCACCAAAUACGCCGAGCUGUACGACGUGCGAGAGGCGCACACCAUGCUCCGCGGCACGCUGCGCUACAGGGGCUUCUCCGACACCAUGCAAGGCAUCCUACUGCUCGGGCUGCUCGACCCCAACCCGCAUCCCGUGCUGCACCCUAAAGGUCCUGAGAUCACUUGGCGCCAGCUGAUCUGCCACCUGCUGGGCCUCACGGACCCGUCCAUCUUCUACGACAACCUGAAGACGAAGCUCGUGGAGCGGUUGGGCGGCGAGGGCACGGCGAGGGCGGACGCGCUCGAAGCGCUGGGGCUGCUGGAGGAGGCGCCCGUCAAGCGGCUCGGCACCCCGCUGGACACUCUCUCUUACUACCUCUCCAAGAAGCUCUCCUUCGAACGCACGGAGCGUGACCUGGUGAUCCUGCGGCACGACGUGGGCAUCCUGUGGCCGGACGGGCGGCGGGAGAAGCGUGGCAUCAACAUGGUGCUGUACGGCACGCCGGCGGGGCACUCCGCCAUGUCUCGCGCUGUCGGCAUCCCCACCGCCAUCGCCACCAAGAUGCUGCUCGACGGUGAGAUCCAGCGCCGUGGAAUGGUGCUGCCAUUCAGCGCGGACAUCUACCGGCCCAUGCUGGCUCGCCUCAGGGCCGAAGGUUUCCAGACCUUUGACAGGUCCACCAUUCUCUGACCAGCUCCUUGCCGAGGUCACGUCACUCCUUUGUGCAAGAAACAUAAUUCACAUUCUGCAUAUUCUACCGUCGUUCUCAAGACUGGACUGACAGACAUUAACUACGCUGGAAGCAAGAUGAGGCACGGUCCUCAGUAAACAUACCAUCAUGAAUUACGUGGAGAAUUACCCCACCACCAAGAUAAAGACUUCUUACUCAAAUCCACGAGUGUGUCAGAAGCAUGGCGGUCUAGAAAAUUAAAAAUGCGCUGAAGCAUUGUUACAUGUAGCAUCUACCAUGUAUGUAUUCAAAUAUGUGUCACAGGACCAAUAUUGCGCCACAUAUUUCACCUGAAACAGUGCUCUCAGUGCUUCACAUUAUUUCUUUGGUCCGUCCACGCUUUUUCAGUUUUAUCUUCUCUCGAAUUUAAAUAAAGUGCACUGGCCAGCCACAAUUA